CGAGCCGUCCCGACGUGGCCCUGGCAGCCAGGGGCUCCGUGCGGCACACGCGUCUGGCGGCGCCGCGGCCAGCGGCCCGUCGAUGUGCUCGUUCCUGGUCGCCAACCAGCUCAUCGGUAACCUGACUUUCGUGAACUUCUUUUUGAGGCCGCGUGGCCCAGAUGCCACCACUCACGUCAGGCUCGAAGGCUUCGACUUCGUCCACAACCUCCUGCACAUGACUGGGGAGCGCACGUACCAGCCGAUCAUGUCUGGGAGGGUGGCCGUGCUGUUCAACGGUGAGAUCUACAAUUGGAGGGAGCUGGCAGGCACGGUCGGGAGCACUCCGUUCAGCUCAGAUGGGGAAGCGAUCAUCCCCGCUUACCUGGCGUUCGGGGAGCGGUUCCCGAGAGUCCUGGACGGGGAGUUCGCGAUCGCCCUGUUCGACUUCGAGAAGGGCGUGGCCGUGCUGGCCGUCGAUGCCUUCGGCACGAAGCCGCUGUGGUUCGCCGCGGAGCAGGAGGAGGGCCGGCUGGCGGCGGCCAGCUACAAGAGCGCCCUCUCCAGGCUCGGCCUGCCCAGGCGAGCGAUCCACAUGGUGGGCCCCAACCGCGUGCUGACGAUCGACCUGGGCAGCCUCGCCGUGCUCCGGCAGGCCGCGGUCUUCGAGUUCGACCUGCGCCAGUUCAAGCAGACGACCGACGGCUUCAUCACGGCCUUCGAGAGGGCCGUGGAGAAAAGGACUCCGGAGGAGAACAGCGCCACUUUUUGUUGGCGCCGCGGCCAUCCGCGGCCCCGCGCGCAACAGCAUCUUACACAUACACGAGCAGCUCAGCGCGGAUUUGGGAGAUCUGCGCUCGGACCCCCCGGCAGCACCUCUGGCGCUCUCCCCUGGCGCGCUCCGCGCGCCAAACGAGGGGGACUCCAAUGCAGCUCUAGGAAAUCCGCGUGGACCUCCAGCACAAUUGUGUCGAUGCAGUUGUUCCUUCUUCUACGUGCGCCCAUCCGAGAUGUUGAUGCAGCUUGUUCUCCUUCCGCGCACAUCCAUCCGAGAAGCUGA